CCGAAAUAAUCGACCCGAAAACGAGGGAGCCUGACCUAACCAUCUUCAUUGAAUAUAUUCAUAGCAUGGUGUUUGCAAUUAAUCUCUAGCGGCCGUUAAGUCGCCGACUACAAUGUCGGGGGCUCUAGCAGCUUAUCGGGUAUCUUCAUUUAUACUUCGUUCGCAUGAUUCUAUACCCGACUCGGGUCUCUCAGCCAAACAACGUUAAUAAUAUCCGAGCUAGAAGACUACGGUUGAUUCCUCUCUUGGUAUAUCCAGCUUCUUCAUGGAACUUCAUAGUUCUCAGGAAAUAAUGACAUAACCACUUCGGCGCCGGCAGUGAGGCAGCUGACUAAUCCAUGGGGUAGCAAGCUGUUCCUGCCUCAGGCGGCCGCGGAGAGCCGCGGAGAAACUCACACUCCGAGAACUCCCAAACGGGAAAUUCCCGAGUUUAUCGGAAAAUGUCACCGCCCGGCAUCACUGGCUUUGGGUUUCCCUUCUCCCUCCUUUCCUCCCACUUGCAGUGCACAACGUCAAUCAUCGCCAUAAUGUCUGCUGCUGGCUCUGCUGCUUGGAGACAGGCGUCUCGCGCCUGCUCAAGGCGUCUGUCCUCCCGCGGCGUCUGGACUGCCCCUCGCCGCGCCCUCGCCACCUCGGGCGUGCGCUCCUAUGUCACCGAGUCCAAGGCCGGACAAGCCCAGGUCAACGUCGAGACUGCUAUCAAGGAGGAGCAAAAGUCAUUCAUGAAAAAGACCGGUGUUGCGCCUCAGAAUGCCACCUUGCCCGGCACCGGAACCUCCGCCGAUGCCGCCAUGAGCCCGUCCGCCGGUAUCCUCAAGCAAGCUACCGUGAUGGACCAGGGAACUCGUCCCAUCUACCUCGACAUGCAAGCGACCACCCCGCUCGAUCCCCGUGUUCUUGACGCUAUGCUGCCCUACCUCACCGGCAUCUACGGCAACCCCCACUCGCGUACGCACGCUUACGGCUGGGAGUCCGAGAAGGCUGUCGAGGAGGCCCGCGAGCAUAUCGCCAAGCUGAUCGGUGCUGACCCCAAGGAGAUCAUCUUCACCAGCGGUGCGACCGAGAGUAACAACAUGAGUUUGAAGGGCGUUGCUCGCUUCUUCGGCCGCUCGGGAAAGAAGAAGCACAUUAUCACGUCUCAGACUGAGCACAAGUGUGUUUUGGAUAGCUGUCGGCAUUUGCAGGAUGAGGGCUUCGAGGUGACCUACCUGCCCGUCCAGAGUAACGGACUCAUCCGGAUGGAGGACCUGGAGGCUGCCAUACGCCCGGAGACUGCCAUUGUCAGUAUCAUGGCGGUGAACAACGAGAUUGGUGUGAUUCAGCCCCUGGAGCAGAUUGGCAAGCUAUGCCGGUCUAAGAAAGUCUUCUUCCACACCGACGGUGCCCAGGCCGUCGGAAAGAUUCCUCUGGAUGUGAACAAGUUGAACAUUGACCUCAUGUCCAUCUCCAGUCACAAGAUCUACGGCCCCAAGGGUAUUGGUGCCUGCUACGUGCGUCGCCGCCCUCGUGUCCGUCUGGAGCCCAUCAUCUCGGGUGGUGGCCAGGAGAGAGGUCUUCGUAGCGGAACUCUCGCUCCCCACUUGAUUGUGGGCUUUGGUGAGGCUUGUCGCCUCGCCGCGCAAGAUAUGGAGUACGACACCAAGCACGUCGAACGCUUGUCCAAGCGCCUUACCGAGAGCCUGCUCGCAAUGGAGCACACCACCCUGAAUGGUGACCCCGAGCACCACUACCCUGGCUGUGUGAACAUCUCGUUUGCGUAUGUCGAGGGCGAGUCUCUUCUGAUGGCCCUCAAGGACAUUGCCCUGUCUUCCGGUAGCGCUUGUACUUCUGCUUCCCUGGAGCCCAGUUACGUCCUGCGUGCCCUGGGCAGCAGCGACGAGAGCGCCCAUAGCAGUAUCCGCUUCGGUAUUGGCCGAUUCACCUCCGACGCCGAGAUCGACUACGUCCUCAAGGCUGUCCAGGACCGUGUGAGCUUCCUGCGCGAGUUAAGUCCUCUUUGGGAGCUGGUCCAGGAGGGCAUUGAUCUGAACACGAUCGAGUGGAGCCAACACUGAUCUGGUUCCCUUUCAUUUCUUUUCUCUGCAUGACUCCGUUUGGCAUUAAUACUGUUGCUGGAGAAAACUCGAAAAAGUCUCCUCGGAUAUGGCGUUGAAAUUUUUGGUGUAACAAUAACAACCCUUGUACAGAAUGCAAAUACUCCCAUCUUUUCCCAAUUCAACAAGAGCUUUAGAUUUCUAUCGGCUAAGUUUGUUAGGCAUGUCUCACUUUCGGAGCAACAGAGCGCCAGUUCCCACGGCAAUUACCAACCUAGAGCGCCUUCUAUUUCACAUCGGUCAUAUUAUAUUUACCAUACAGUUCCGAACUCUCACUCCAAUUUCAUCCAGGUGAACUUGUACUCGCAGCCCCCUGCUCCGCCAAUUCUAUAGAUUCAUCUCGCACAUCAAGAUGCACCGUUUUCAAUAUCUGCAAGCCUCGCCCGUCACCCUGUUCAAUAAUCGGAUCUUCUUCUCGCUCCCAUCCCUUCAAUCGAUCCGCACUCGCCGAGCUAUGCGGCCCCAUCUUACUCGAUGGGGAUGCCGUACUCGCCGAGACAAAUUGUUUUGAUUUUCUCGAUCGAGACCCGGACGUUCCGUCCGUAUAGGAAAGGCCGUUUUUGUCCUCGAAGACCGCGAUGAAGGAUUUGAGGAAUGCGGAUAUAAGGCAGACGACGCUCAUUGCAAUGUAUAUCUCGGUGGUGAUCGUGGAGUAUGCUCCGAGGAGGAUUGGGUCGCUCGAAAUGAUCUGUUUGUUCACGUAGUACAGUCGAAUACCGGCGAGGGGGAUAAG